AUGAACAAAGAGCAAUACAUCAAGAUUCUCAACUACAACAUCAAGCAGCUGCAGAGGAACUUGGACUUGGGCACCAAGCGUACUUUCCCUCGUAUUGUUCCAUCCCAACUGCAGUACUUUGAAUACAGCAAUCUCAAAGUGACCUGUGAGGGAUUUUUUAAUGACAUGAUCCAAUGGAGGGUGCUGAAGAAACAUAAGAAAAGAAACCAAAAAACUUCUUGUAACAAAAUCACUGAUGCUUUUGGAGCGUGCCACAUUGAAAUGGUGUAUCCAGCCGACUCUGGAGAAUACUGGUGUGAGAGUGACGACAAAAGGAGGAGUGAAGGAGUCCUGAUCACAGUCACAGACGAUGAAAUGAUCGGGAACAGUUCCUCUGGAAAGUUGACUCUGAACAAAGUUUUCAAAAGAGACGAAGGAGUUUACAAGUGCCAAACCUCAGAGGACAGAGAGUCGGAGGAGCAGUGGCUGGCUGUGAGAGUAAGUAUGUCAGUCCGAAACUCAGAUCCAGAAAUAAACAGAGCGACAGACAGUACGGACCUGACAGCUUCCUCCAUCUCUCUGAUGAUGAAUGUGUUGGUGUUGAUCUUGUGUGCUCACAUCGGCCUUUCACAAACAUCAGAGCGUACUUUCCCUCGUAUUGUCCUGUCCCAACUGCAGUACUUUGAAUACAGCAAUCUCAAUGUGACCUGUGAGGGAUUUUUUAAUGACAUGAUCCAAUGGAGGGUGCUGAGGAAAGAAAAGCAAGGAAACGAAAAAAAAUUUUGUAACAAAGACUUUGCUUUUGGAGCGUGCCACAUUGAAAUGGUGUAUCCAGCCGACUCUGGAGAAUACUGGUGUGAGAGUGACGACAAAAGGAGGAGUGAAGGAGUCCUGAUCACAGUCACAGCGGCUGAUGUAAUCCUGGAGAGUCCAGUUGGUCCGGUGAUGGUUGGAGAUAAUGUUACUCUUCGUUGCAUUAAAAACCCAGACCUAAAACCCUCCACAAAGUUUGACUUCUACAAAGAUGGUGUCCAUGUGAACACAAGUUCAACUGGAGAGAUGAUCCUCCACAACAUCUCACUGUCUGAUCAGGGGUUCUAUAAAUGUAACGUAUCUGAAAAGGGGUUCACCAAAGAAAAUCUGCUGCAAGUUAAAGCUGUGCUCCUGGAGCUUCCUGAUCGGCCUGUGCUGGAGGGAGAGAACGUGACUCUGUUCUGUAGAGACAAGAUGGCCGCUUCAAACUACACGACUUUUUUCUACAAAGACGAUGAAAUGAUCGGGAACAGUUCCUCUGGAAAGUUGACUCUGAACAAAGUUUUCAAAACAGACGAAGGAGUUUACAAGUGCCAAACCUCAGAGGACAGAGAGUCGGAGGAGCAGUGGCUGGCUGUGAGAGAAAAUCGCUCCAUCACCUCUGUCCAUGGUGCAACAGGGUUUAUAUGGCCACUGCUCUUUGGUCUUGUCACUCUGCCGUUGCUGCUGAUAGUUCUGGUGUUGAUCUUUGACAAAUGCAAAGGUUCAAACAAUCAUGGUCCUGACUCUAGACAUCAAGGACCUUCAAGCAAUGAAGAUGAAGCAACGUACAUCAAUUUAACUAAAAGAGUUAAUACCGUGAGUUAAAGCCCCAAAGCGAAACUUUUCAGGUAAAAAACAACAGUUGUUUUUGACAAACAGUGAGUCCUUACUGUGAGCGAGCUUGCAUCUUCAUAAACCUGGCUCUUACCUGCUUGUCUUCAUGGCAAUUUUAUAUUUACCACUGUAUGGCAUAAAACCAUUAUCUCCACUUUG